CGUCCUCCAAGCUUGUCCUCUUCUUUCCACCAGGUUGCUUUUGGUCGCUCCAACGCCGCCGCUACGUGCUGAGCCACGGGGAAAAGGGUAGGAGCGAGAGGCUAGCGCUGAGCUGAGGGAACACCGAACACGCUGCUGUGGAGCUGGUGAGUUCUUUUUGGUCAGGGUCAGGUGAAAACGCCCGCCCACUGGAUUUGUUUGUCCGUGGUGAGUGCUACUAUGAGGUGAGGCUGCUUCUUCCUCUCUCGCGCUUCUUCUGCUUGUUGGUGCCCACUAUCCAUCAGUGAUUUCCUCCUCCGCUGGGCUUGUGCUCCUGCCCGCUGCUGGUCCUCGAUUACGCGUGCAAAGAUUUCAGGUCGGAACAAGCGCGCAUCAAAAUCAGGUUACACGAGUGCUUCAGUCUUUGGCAGAAUCAGGCAUCCUGAAUCCAAGCGCAGAAAUUUUAACCUCCGGGCGGAAAAGCUCAGUUGCGCACCCAGUGUUCGUCGGAACGCCGCACCCAGGAAGUUGCAUCUUGCAACCGCCGCUGCCGUUACGAUGAGAGGUUUUGCAUCUUGCCUGAGCCAAGGCGCCGUGCAAGUUGCGCAAUCCUCUUCCUCAGGUGGGCAGAACAUGGUGCAGUGCGCCUACCUGGCCCGCCUGCGCGGCAAGCCGUGCAGGGUCACCGUCACCUGGACCAAGGUGGCCAUGGGGCAGGCUCUCGCCAUCGCCAUCCACAACUACUCGAACCGUUGCCUCUGCAAGGCAGAGGUGAAGCCCUGGCUGUUCUCCAAGAUGAAAGGUUCCAAGGUCAUGGAAUUGGACGGUGGCAACGUGGACAUCAUCUGGGACCUGUCGUCUGCGAAGUUUGGGGCUGGGCCUGAACCUGUUGAAGGCUUCCAUGUAGCUCUGGUUUAUGAUCUUGAAGCUGUCCUUGUUCUUGGCGACCAGUGUAAGGAGGAGCACCGGGUUUUGUCGGAUGCUUCACAUUAUGAUGCAAUCAUGAUAGCCAGAAAGGAGCACAUUUAUGCAAAAAAGGUGUAUUCAGCGAAAGCUCGGUUCGUGGACAUUGGUCAGCUUCAUCAGAUCUCCAUAGAGUGCGACACGGCAGGGGUGAGGGAUCCAAGCCUAGAAAUUAGAAUUGACAAGAAGAAAGUGUUGCAGGUCAAGAGGCUAGCAUGGAAGUUCAGAGGGAACCAGACGAUUUAUGUCGAUGGACUUCCAGUGGAAGUGCUCUGGGAUGUGCAUGACUGGCUGUUUACUUCAUCAAGUGGAUGUGCCGUGUUUUUGUUCCAGUCUGGCCAAUCCAUGGAAAAGUUCUUGUUGAGAACAUGCUCACAGAAUGGAAAGGAGGGUCGAGGACAUCGUUUCGGUUUCACAUUGAUACUAAAUGCAUGGAAGACUGAGUAGGCACUAAGCAGAAACAUGAUUUCAGGUUUCUUCAACAGCUCUACUCGGAAUGUUGAAUAGUAACUGUAGGAAUCUCUAGGGUCUAGCAAGUCUAACCAAACCCUAUGCAAGAAUUUUGUUCUCCUUACAUAUGGUAUCUUGGCGGUUGUUGACAAACUGAGAUUUUGGAUAUGCAUAUGAUCUUUGAUGUAUCGAGAGGUUUUUAGAUCGGAUAUUGGAUUCUAGUGCUCAAGUUAUCCAAUAUCAUGUCUGUCACCUUUAAAACCUUUUGAUGAAAAGUCCAUGAUAGAUUACCAAAAAUGAUUGCCACAGUUCUUUUGUAUUUGUAAUUGUUAUGCCUUGCAUGUUUAAAGUGAGGCUCAGGACAUAUAACAUACAGUUGAGGAAAUCUCCCAUUAUAUAGCCAUUAUCUUUCCAUUA